AUGGGUACCAUUCAAGCUUAUUGUUUGCAUGUGUUAUCAAAUGAUGCUUGUUUAUCUAUAUUUACCCGACAUGCAUUUGGGGCAAGAGACUUCAUUACACAUCCAAAUCUUAAAGAUAUUGGUGAGAAAAUUGUGAUAAGGUGUAAAGGCUUGCCUUUGGCAGCAAAAUCUUUUAGAGGCCUUUUACGCUUCAAGGAGAAUCCUGAUGAGUGGAAAGAAGUAUUGAAUAAAAAUAUAUGGGAUAUACCAAAGGAGAGAAGUGGAAUUGUUCCAACUCUUAUGUUCAGCUACUACCAUCUCCCUGCACAUUUGAAGAGAUGCUUUGCCUACUGUUCAAUAUUUCCGAAGGACUAUGAAAUUAAGGAGCAACAGUUGGUUCUGCAUCCAUACAGAGGCUUUAAUUCAGCCACAAGAAGGGGAAAAGCAAAUGGAAGAUUUAGGUAA